GCCGGCCAGUCCAACAUGGCGGGCCGCGGCGGCGUCGUGGGCACGCACUGGGACGGCCACGUCCCGUCCCCGGACUGCUCCCCGUCCCCGUCCAUCCUCCGCCUCUCCCCCGCGCUGCGCUGGGAGCAGGCCCGCGAGCCGCUGCACCAGGGCAUCGACGGCAACCACACCUGCGGGGUCGGCCCCGGGAUGGCCUUCGCCAACGCCCUCCUCCGCUCCUCCGCCUCGCCCGGGGAGGUGCUCGGCCUCGUGCCCUGCGCCGUCGGCGGCACGCGGAUGGCGGAGUGGGCCAAGGGGUCGGAGCUCUACGAGGACAUGGUGAGGCGGGCCAGGGUCGCCGUCGAGACGGGGGGCCGGAUCGGGGCCGUGCUCUGGUACCAGGGCGAGAGCGACACCGUGCGGUGGGCGGACGCCAACGAGUAUGCGCGCCGGAUGGGGAUGCUUGUCCGUGAGCUCCGCGCCGACCUCGCCAUGCCGCACCUCCUCCUCAUCCAGGUUGGGCUGGCGUCAGGGCUUGGCCAGUAUACCGAAGUCGUGAGGGAAGCUCAGAAAGGAUUGAAGCUUCGGAACGUGAGGUUUGUUGACGCCAUGGGGUUGCCGUUCCAAGAUGGCCAUCUGCAUCUUAAUACUCAGGCUCAGGUCCAGCUCGGACAUAUGCUGGCUCAGUCCUAUUUGACUUAUGGUACAUCCACACACUAGUAGUAGUACUUAAGAGAUCCAUUUCUUUUAAUU